CCAUUUGUGGGCGAUGCCGUACUCAGUUAAAAGUAGAGAUGGAAUCAAGCCCUCAUACACUGACUGAUAUAGCACAAGAAUGUACUCAAAAUGUACAAAGAGUUACUUCUGAGGAUACUGAAAUAACUCAAGUUAAGACCAACGUCAUUAACUAUAACUGCAUGGGGCUGAACUAUGCAUCUUGGUAUAUUACAUAUGCUUCGGAUCAUAAAACAAACAGGGGAUAAGGUACUAUUCAAUAGAAAGUUUAAAAAUAUACUACAGAGUACUUAGGUCAGUUAAGGUACCUUGGAGCUUUGACUCUUCUCUUAAUGGUCUUGCUUGUUCCAUCUCAAGCUAAGCUUAUUUAGUGAUGCUGUUGCCUUGCAGGAAAUUCAAGAAGACAGAAACAAUAUGGAAAACCUAUGUGAUUUGCUUAGUAAGAUAUCUAUUGUAGAAGAGGCUGUCCUGUCAGACGAAGCAAGCAGCACCAAUGAAUCUACACCAGAUACAAGCAGCAACAAUCAGAUCAACAAAGGCUUUGCAGAAGAAAGAAGUGCAGUUCUAUCAGAUGAAGCAUCUACCAGUAAUGGAUCAAUAACGGCAACCACCAAUAGUCAGAAGCUGAAAAAACUAAAUGAAUUUAUCCAUAUCUGUGGCGGGACGGAAUCAAUCGGUCAACCCAAAAGGCGGUGGGAAGAACUGACCACACACAGUAAACAUCUUGAACAAAUGUAAUUGUGUCUGCCUUGCAGACAAAAGCAACAAAUGUAAUUGUGUCUGCCUUGGAAGUGAUAAUACCUGGCAACGCAGCAAGUAUUUGGGAUGCUAUUCAGACGUCAUAAAGUGUCGAAAAGGCUCUUGGAAUUUCACAACCAGCUGAUAGCUGGGACACCCAAAGACAGAUCUUAGGAAUAAUUGCAGAUCUGGUACCUUUCUCUCAGAUCCAGAAAUUUAUCCCUGGUAUAACGGAAUACUGUUUUAAGCAAGCCAGAUUGCAUAUUCUUAAGUAUGGGCGUGGGGUGCCAGUGCCAGUGAAGAGAAGUCCCAGAAUGAGAUUAGACGAGUGCCAGUUGGAUCACUUCCUUUCCUUUAUAACCAGUCCUCAUGUUGUACAAGACCUACCAUUUGGCCAACGAUACCUCCAGAUAGCAAAUGGCCAAGUCCUAGAAUGUCCAAACGUAAUUCAAUCAAUGAUUCCACAAAGAAUUGUGACACAGUACACACAGUUUUGCAAAGAAGACGAAACCAAACCAUUGAGUCCCUCAACCGCAUUACGAAUUUUGUCAGUUUGCACAGCAACUGUACGAAAGUCUUUGCAGGGUUUGGAUUAUAUUUCAGCUGAUGGGGCGAAGGCAUUUGAUGAUCUGGCUGGGUUACUCACAAAGCUCGAAAACCAUGGUUGUGAUCAAGUGUUGAUCAAUUCUUGUGAAGCAGCAUUAAAAAAGCUGGAAAACAAUAUAUUAAAACGGACUACAAGGUAAUCAUUUUCUAAUUAAACAUAGCACAUUAUAUUUGUUGAGACCACAAAACCUUUGCCUGUGAUUUAUUAGAAUAGCCUUUGACGGAAUUCCGCUGCAACACAGAUGUUAGGGGAGGCGACUGGACUCAGGAGCACAGAUUCUUGUAAUUUUAAAGUAGAAAAAAGAAACUAGUGAAUUUUUUAACUUAGUAAAAACUUAUUGUUCUUAUAUUUUACAGGUGCACGUUUCUGGAGCAUCAAAUGUCCCUGAUCACUGCUGCGUACAUGCUUUGAGUGAUCAAAAGCAACCUCUCUUUUCUCCUACGUGCAAACAUCUCCGCGAUCAUUCUUGCUCGUCCUGCGAACAGCUAAAUUUUACCCUUGCUUCCAUAAAGUCAUUUGUGAAAAAUUCAGCAGAGAAACUUCCAGAUGCAUGGAAACAGCAUCAGUUACGUUCCAUUCAACAAGAUAAAGCCCGCACAGAUAUCCUGGCCAAACUAGGCGAAAACUCAGUUUUAAGUACUCAAGAUUGGGCAAUGAAAUUUUUGCCGCAAAAGUACAGAGACGGACUGGUUCGGGAAGAGGGGAAUAUCGUGGUACAUUAGUGUUGUUGUAAGGCGGCUGCCAGACGGUAAACUGCAGCAUCAAGUAUUUGUCCAUAUUGUAGAAAACUGUAGCCAAGAUACUGUCGUGGUCAUACCCAUCAUGCAACACACCCUCACAGAGCUAAAGAAGAACCCAAAUAUAACCUCUGCUGCAUAUUGCCAAGACAACGCCGGUUGCUACCAGAGCGGCCCCAUGUUGGCAGCUUGUUGCCUUAUGGAGGAAACUACUGGUAUAAAAGUUCACCGGGUUGAUUUCAGCGAUCCACAGGGUGGUAAAGGGGCAUGCAAUUGCAAAGCUGCCACAAUUAAAUGUCAUGUUUGUCGUUACAUCAACGAAGGUCAUGAUGCUGUCAAUGCAACGUAA